UGAAGCUCAUUUACGCGUAGAUAAUAAUUACAACUCAAAACCCUAAAUCGCUUACUCACACUGCCGCUGCUUUCGCUUCUUCUCCUUUCUUCGAUCUUCGAUUAGGGCUUCGUAGCCCUUUCACUCUGGUUCAGUUAAGGAAAAUUGAAUUCAUUAGUUGCAACUGUUUACUCAAAUAUUGGAAGGUCCUGUGAAAAAAAACUAUUAGUAGGCUGUCCAGGUGAUCUGUCUUCACAUGGAAUGAUAUUUGAUGCCUUUGCCUCAAAGGAGUUAGAGUCUUUUGGCUUUUGAGAACUUGGAGAUAUAAAAAGUGCCCACACUCGCUGGUUUAUAUCACCAUGAUUGCCACAGAAACUAUUGCACCAACUACAAAGUUGAAGAUCAAGUUCUCUACCAAAAGGAUAGAAGUUGUUUCUGGGCCAAAAUGUGAUUUUGGAGAGAAAGUGCCUCAACUUGAUAAAAAAGGACCCUGUAAUCCUAUAAAAAAGUCAUCUCUUCUAAAUUCCAAUAAAAGGGAAGCAUCAGGGAAUAUUGAGGGCCAAAUGAAUAAAAGGCAGAAGCUUGAUCGAAAAGGUUCACAGCAGUGUGCUAGAGUCCUCAAAAGCUUGGUAUCUCAUCACUAUAGCUGGGUGUUUAAAGAGCCAGUGGAUCCUGUAGCAUUGAACAUUCCAGAUUAUUUUACAAUCAUUACUCAUCCCAUGGAUUUUAGCACGAUUAAAACAAAGUUGGAGAAGAAUGUUUAUUAUAGCAAAGAGGAGUUUGCAGCCGAUGUCAGACUGACCUUUUCAAAUGCCAUGACUUAUAAUCCUCCAAGUAAUGAUGUUCAUUUGAUGGCAAAAGAACUCAACCAAGAAUUUGACAGAAAAUGGAAAGACAUGGAUAAAAAAUGGACUUCUGAAGAUGAGCACGAGGAAAGCGUUAAUAGAAUAAUUAAGGAAACUGUGAGUAGAAGUUGUAAUGUGACACAUUCCCGACAUAAGGAUUCCUUGACCAAAAAGUCACGAGCAUCUGAACAUAAAGGAAUUCACAAGAUUAAUUCAUUGGCAACAAGAGAUGCUAAAGUGGAGGUACCUAAAUUAUUGCAGAUUCCUUGCAAACCAGUUGAGAAGGACUUGAUCAAAGGAUCUGAACAAAGGGAGCAGUCAACUGUGUGCAGUGCUGUUGCUUUGAAACAGGACUGCCAGACUAAAUGUACGUCACCUUUGCAGAGGAAAUCUGAUCCCGGUUCUGAUGGGGCUGUAAGUUCUUUAGAUAGUGAACACACAUGUCCUAGUUCUCAGCAUGCAACUCUUGCUACUGAUGCCUCUUCUGGUGAAGUAUGGAGCACCCCUGUUCUUCCUGUUCCGCUGUCUCCUAAAAAGGCUCUUCGUGCUGCUAUGCUCAAAAGCCGCUUUGCUGAUACAAUAUUGAAAGCACAACAAAAGACACUACUUGAACAUGGUGAUAAAAGCGAUCCUAUGAAAAUGCAGCUUGAAAAGGAGAGAUUGGAAAGGCUACAGCGUGAAGAGCAAGCAAGGAUUGAAGCCCAAAUUAAAACUGCUGAAGCUGCUGCAAGAAUGAGGGCUGAGGAAGAAUUGCGGCAACAAAGAGAAAAGGAAAGAGAAGCUGCCCGAGUUGCAAUAGAAAAGAUGAAGAGAUCUGUUGACAUUGAACAUAAUUUGGAGGUUGUGAAAGAACUGGAGAGUUUGAGUGGGUGUACACUGUCUUAUAAGGCCCUGGGUGGUAGAAACGACUACAGAACUGCAAUGGAGAAAUUGGAUAAACUUCAGUUUGAGAACCCAUUGGAGCGACUUGGUUUAUUUAUCAAGGAUGAUUACAUCGCAGAUGAUGAUGAUGAGGUUCUGAACGGAGGAGUCUGGGAGGAAGGGGAAAUUUUUUGAUAAACCUUUGUUCUGCCAGUAUUGAUUGUUUAUAUCCUUCAGACAGGAAACAUUACAAUAAUUUGUAUAUGCAUAUUUGCUGUAGAAUUAGGUCUUUGUGCCCUAUAAGCUGAUGAUAUAUUCCUGUUUGGAUUUUUUAUCUAAAAAAGCCCUGUUGGGGAUCUAUAUGGAGGAAUUCUCCCGCAAACUUGAAAGCAAGCACUGAUAGACUUUGGUGUAUUGUCAUAUAAAAAUGUUGAGAUUAUGCUAAAAUCCGGGAAAUAUUGAUUGGUUGUUGUUGCA